ACGAGUGAGAGCCCACGUUUUCCUCGCAGCUCUUUGCAUGCUAAUUAACCACUUGUACAGCGAAGAACACAGUUGAGCGCACUUUGAAGUUGAAUGUCUUCACAGAAGAUGCCCGUCAGUACUAUGGCUAUUAGCUAGCGCUUUUGCGACUUUGACUCGAUGAGGACAGAAUUAAAUAAUGAGGCAUCUGGCUUGCGCUGUUCUGUUUAUCAUCGGCGUUUUCUCUGGAAACUGUGGGAGCCCUCCUGAAAUGUCUCCAGUCAAAAGCAACUGCCCCCAGAGUGUUAACUAUAGCCACUGUCACUCAUCCAAAGAAGGCAUCCACGAUUUAGAUUGUUAUACAAUGUAUAUACAACAAUCAGACCGAAAGACAAACUGUGUGUGGAAACCAGGCCGACAAUCCUCAAAUAUGACAACUUAUACACUCAUAAUAGAACAGAAAGACAGAAAUUUCUGUACAAGAUAUGAAAAUAUAUCCAAGACAACCCAUCUGUUUUACCCAUUCGAACAGAGUGAAAUGACUGUUUAUGUUAUUGAUGCUAGCAGUGAUGAGAGGAAUUGUAUGAUGGCAACAUUCACUGGAAUACCUGAAAAUCUGGUGCGAUGUGGACCCCCAGCAAGCAUUAUCUUCCAACGAAACUCAAGUCAGUUGGAGAUAAAGGUCUCCUGGGCGGAAAAAAGAAAACAGACCUUCAUUGUUAAAUACAGAGAGUUGAACAGCCUGCCUUGGAAACAGGUGGACUCCCACAAUAAGACGAGUUGCUUGGUAUCCAAUCUUACCGCGUUGUUGUUUUACGAGGUUAAAGUGAAGUGUGUCACAAACCAAAAAUGCCGUCAGUGCCCCUGGAGCAAUGUUGCCAUCGUCCCACCUGAGUUGACCAGUACGCCUAUUAUAGAAAAGUUUGAUGUCACUCCACAGAAAAUGGGAAAGCGAUCGAUAGUCACACACUGGAAGCUCGCAAAUAAUGAGUCUGUGGAUAGCUACAGAGUGCUGGUGAGGAAGGUAUCUGGGGAGUUCAGUCAGACACUAUACGUCACUCAACCUAUUCUGAGGCUGAUCCUCUCAGGGUCGGCCUAUUACAUCGACAUUUCAGCCAGGAAUAGUGCUGGGUUCUCACCCCCAGCCCACAGAAUGGUACCCACAGUUACCAGUGCACAGGAUUGGGAUUUGAAUGGGAAUCUCAAUGUCACCGUGAGCAACAGCGAGUUUGAAAUUUCUUGGAACCACAGCUUGACUCAAACCUACUGCUGUUACUCUGUGGAGUGGGGUCUGAGGGGUGAGAAGAUGUCAUUCCACUCCCUCCAUCGAAAAAACAGCAACCACGACAUCAUCUCUCUCAAAGAUCCACUGCAGCCCUACAAGAGGUAUGUGUUCCUUUUGCACACAAGACCUGACAAAGACACCUGUAACCUCAAGAGUAUCAACGACAGCGAGAGUACGGCUGGCAGGACGGAGGCCUACGCCAAAGAAGGAACUCCCAUCAGUGCCCCUGGGAACAUCACCUGCCUGGAAGUAACCAGCACCUCGUUAGUGAUAGCAUGGAGACCUGUCUCAGAGGAGGCUGCCCGCGGGUUCCUAUUGGGCUACACCAUUCACUACACAGAGAACGGCAAAGAGCAGAACACCUCAGUGGUUAUAGACAGUGCUGGUGUGGAUCGUUGCACUUUGUCCAACCUGAAAAGCCAAACUGCCUAUGAGGUCCAGCUGUCAGCAUUCACAGCUGUGGGGCAGGGGGUGCGGAGUACCUCUCUCUACUUUGAAACCACAAAUUCAAGAGGCUACCAGACUGUAGCGGGCGCUGUAGCAGGAAUUGCUGUAACCGUGUUUUUCCUCUUAUUGGGUGCCAAUCUCUCGUCCUCCGUGGUGUGUAAAAGGGCAAAGGAACUCUUCUGGCCAAGCAUACCAAAUCCAGGCAACAGCAACGCCAUCCAAAAAAUAGAUGGUGCCUUUGAACUAGAAGUUCUGGAGCCUCUCCGCAGGGAGCAGCAGGCCCAGGAGAGUGACACCAGUAGCCUGCUCAUCAUCGAGGGAACAGCCGAAACGCUCCCGGCCCCCGCCUGCCUCUCGAGUCUCCCCGGCCAGGAGGAGCUGCCUCGGGCCGGCUCCCCGGCGGAGGAGGAGAGUCCCCCACCCAGCCCGCAGGCGGGGCCCUCCCCCGUCGCCAUGGCGACUGGCGAGUGCCGGGCGACACCGCCGCCCGCGGUGAGCGACUACACCACCAUGGAGCUCUUCCAGCAGAUCGUGGCACGGCCCCCGGCCCGGCCCCAGCCCCCGGGCCCCAGCGAGCAGCCUCAGGAGCCCCAGGGCGGGCCCACAGUGCAGGACUACAUCAGGCAGGCCACGUGCCUCCCCUAUCCCAGCGAAAGGCUGGGUUUCUCUGCUCUCUGACAGCUCCCCUUACAGAAAUGGAGCAUACUGCAAUAUACUGAAAUAAUAUGACCAGUGCUUUCAAGUUAAAAAAAGAUGGCAUUUUACAGUACAUGGUGGAGUACGCAAAUUUCCACUUGACAUAUUGCAGUAUAUAUUUUUUGUAAUACAUUCAGUGGCGUGUAUUUUCUUAAUAUUUUCAAUAAAAGACACAUACAAUA